AUGGCAACCGAAAGGGACACGAGCUCUCUGGAGCCCUACUUCCAGAACCACGCCUGGUAUCCGUUCUCGCAGGCUGCGCUCACGGAACCCAAGGUCUCAUCCAUGACCGUGGUAGUCGAUGACCUUAAUGAGUGGGAGGACGUGUGGCUUGAAUGCCACCGCGAGCAUACUGACCCCGAAUGCGCCGAUGAGGUUGAGGAGGAGCAAACGGACGCCGAUACCCAUUGGGGGUUACUCCCCGACUAUGAUCCGGCCUCGGACGAAGACGGACUAUUGCAUCUACUGAAAUGCUGCGGAACUCAAAGGCCACGCGGGAAAACUGUUAUCGUGGUAGUGAGGCCCGCCGUCGGUUCUUUUGUAACGAUUCAUGACUACCUCUCAACCGUGCAUCCCUUGCAUCUGAGGUCGCGUGCGGACCUUCUAAACGCCAUGGGAGACGUGAUGGAGAACGAGCCGCUGCCGUCGGAGACGAAGCUCAUGGUCGACUAUCACAUGCCUCAUCAUUUGGUUAUUCGCGAGCAGGAUGAUUGGUUCAGAGAAGUUAGCAGACCGCCAAACCCGUUGUUGGCGUCAAUGGCUACCUAG